AGACAAUUUAAUUUCGUAAUUGUCGUCAUUAGGCGCGAUGCACCUUGAUACAGAAAGCACCUUGGGCAAGUGCUAGCUAUAGCGGAGGCACAUUCGCUACGUAGCGCAGAUUACUGAACCAGUCCGUCAUUGAGUAUGAUGCCUCCUUCUCGCCAGAUGGCCAAUGGAUCACCUUCACCAGUGAGCGUGACGGCGACGGCAACUCCGACCUCUACCGUUGCCGCGUAGACGGGUCGGGCAUGGAGAAGCUCGUGGCCACACCUGCAAUGGAAGAUGCAAUGGUUUUAUCCGCAGACGGAAGCAAGGCAGCAUUUGUUUCGACUGCGAACGGCUACAGGACCAAUAUCUGGGUGAUGGAUCUGAAGACCGGCAGCAGUUGGAACCUGACCAACACAACGGUGACGGCCUGCGACCCGACAAAGAUGAACGGAUAUUUCCGCCCGCCGUGGUCUCCAGACGGCGAAUGGGUUGCGUUCUCCUCAGACCGCGGCACAGACUGGUUGGGACAUGACUUUCGCGUGGGCUGGGAGCAUAGUCAAGAGCUUUCGAUCUAUGUCAUCCGACCCAAUGGCAAGCGGACUUUCUUCUAUGAGACCACGCGGAGAGAAACCUGGGAGGCCCGCGAGACUGCUGAAGUAGAGGAGGCUGCUGACGGAUAGUAAGUGGGAGGACUCGAUGCCCAUCUAUCUUCCCACCGAGCUGCCUAGAGUGAGUCUAGGCCACCGGAUAUUUAGAACUACCUUCGGAUAUUUGAAGCAAGCUUUGGUCCUUGAAAACAAGAUGCGGAUAUUUCUUCGGAUAUUUUCGGAUAUUUGGAGUAAGAAAGGAAUUACUCUCCUCUGUCCAAAGUUGUGUGGAAUUCAUCGAC